AUGUGGUCGAGAACAGUACGCCGGAGGGCGUGCCUGGUCCUGCGGAACCCCUCUACUCCCGCCGCGACGAGCCAGAUCCAGCGGCGCACCCUCAUCGCCCCCCCCAAACCCGGCGACGGCCCUUUGAUGGAGAGACGGCCAGACCGGGAGCUCCCUAACAUCGCAGGCUUCCGGUGGUGGCGCACGCUGCCGGCGUUCGCGGUGCUGAUCGCGGCGGCGAGCGCGGCCAUCUUCAACUACCAGCGGUCGUCGAGCCCGGUGGUGGCGGGGACGCUGUACGCGCUGCGGACGAGCGCGCGGGCGCGGGCCGUGCUCGGCGACGAGAUCUACUUCCGCCGCGCCGUGCCCUGGAUCUGGGGCGAGAUGAACCAGCUGCGCGGCCGCAUCGACAUCCGCUUCGCCGUCCGCGGCACCCGCGCCGCCGCCGUCGUCCGCUUCGUCAGCGUCCGCCCCUCCCCCCGCGCCCAGUUCGAGACCGUCGAGUGGAGCCUCGAGACCCCCGACGGCGCCAAGAUCGACCUCCUCCUCGACGACGACGACCCCGCCCGCGCCCUCCCCGACUUCGCCCCCGCGCCCGACGACGUGGCCGAGCCCGGCGACGAGACCGAGCUCCCCGCACCCGGGCCCAGCUCCACGAGGGGGUUCAGGCAGCAGCUCAAGUGA